CGCCGUACCUGCGCAUGCGCGGCCGGAGCCGUGAGGUGGGGGGCCGAGCGGGCGGUGCUGCUGGGCCUGUCCCGCCGCUCCGGCCGAGGCCAUGGGGGACGUGAAGAAUUACCUGUACGCCUGGUGCGGGAGGAGGAGGCUCACCCCGGCGUACGAGAUACGAGCAGGCGGAGGCCGGAACCGCCAGACCUUCCUCUGCGAGCUUCGAGUGGAAGGCUUUAACUACAUUGGCAUGGGCAGCUCCACAAACAAGAAAGAUGCGCAAAGCAACGCUGCUCGGGACUUUGUCAAUUACUUAGUUCGGGUGAAUGAAAUGAAGAAAGAUGAAGUUCCUGCUUUUGGACCAGCAGCUGGCGAUACCCCUGAUGGACAUGAAACAGCUAAAGACAUUACUGGUUCCACUUCUACCUUGGGUGGACCUCUUCCUCCGCAUUUGAUUAUAGAGGCUGAAACAGGCAAUGGUGCAGGUGCAGCGCCUGGAAGUUGUGGCAAUCGUGGUGCCGAGUGGGAUCGGGGUGCAAAUUUGAAAGAUUACUAUUCCAAGAGAGAGGAGCAAGAAGUGCAGGCAACCUCAGAGUCAGAAAUGGACUUAAACACUGAUCUUCAUGGGGGUUGGACCCUGGAAAAUGCCAAGGCACGUCUGAACCAGUUUUUCCAAAAGGAGAAGAUUCAGGAAGAAUAUAAAUACACAGAAAUGGGGCCUGAUCACAACAGGAGCUUUAUUGCAGAAAUGAACAUUUAUGUGAAGCAGCUGGGCAGAAGGAUUUUCAGCCGCGAGCACGGAUCCAACAAAAAGCUGGCAGCACAGUCCUGUGCCUGUUCCUUGGUUAGGCAGCUCUACCAUCUCGGCGUCAUAGAACCUUAUUCUGGACAGACGAAGAAAAAGGGAGAAUCGAUGGAACCCUAUGAGGUGUCGCUGUCUUCCGACUUAGAAAACCAGCUGCAAACCACUGUACGGGAACUGUCUCUGGAGACUGUGCCUUUGCCUGAAGAUCCCAGUAAGCCAGUUCUGAUUAACAUUGGAAAGUUGGCCCAUUUUGAACCGUCGCAGAGACAAAAUCACAUGGGAGUUGUUCCGUGGUCACCACCUCAUUCCAACUGGAACCCUUGGACCAGCUGUAAUAUUGAUGAGGGUCCUCUGGCAAAUCUCACUCCAGAGCAAAUAAGCAUGGAUUUGAAAAACGAUUUCAUGUACCGUUUGGAGCAGGAUCAAGAAUUACAAAGGAUCCAACAAGAGAGAGAGGCCUUACCCGUGAAGGAUUUUGAAAGCGAAAUUCUGGAUGCGAUCCAUCACAACUCUGUCAUUGUAAUCCGCGGUGCCACCGGUUGCGGCAAAACCACGCAGGUGCCACAGUACAUCCUGGAUGAAUUCAUCAGGACCGACAGAGCUGCGGAGUGCAACAUCGUGGUGACGCAGCCUCGGAGGAUCAGCGCAGUUUCUGUAGCAGAGCGUGUGGCAUAUGAGAGAGGAGAACAACCUGGGCAAAGCUGCGGGUACAGCGUGCGGUUUGAAUCUGUGCUUCCUCGGCCCCAUGCCAGUGUGAUGUUCUGCACUGUAGGUGUUUUCCUGAGAAAGGUGGAGGCUGGGAUCCGCGGCAUUAGUCACGUCAUUGUUGACGAGGUCCACGAGAGGGACAUUAACACUGACUUUCUCUUGGUGGUGCUGAGAGAUGUGGUUCAGACAUAUCCAGAAAUCAGGGUUAUCAUCAUGUCUGCCACCAUCGAUACGAGUAUGUUUUGUGAAUACUUCUUCAACUGUCCGAUUGUCGAGGUCUUCGGUAGAACCUACCCCGUCCAAGAUUAUUUCCUGGAAGAUUGCAUUCAAAUGACUCAGUUCGUUCCGCCACCAAAGGAAAAGAAGAAGAAAGAGAAGGACGAAGAAAGUGGUGAAGAUGAUGAUGCCAAUUGCAACCUGAUUUGCAGCGAUGAAUAUGGUCCAGAAACAAAGCACUCCAUGGCUCAGCUGAAUGAGAAAGAAACUUCAUUUGAACUCAUUGAGGCGCUGCUAAUUUAUAUCAAGACCCUGAACGUCCCAGGAGCUGUACUUGUUUUCUUGCCUGGCUGGAACUUGAUAUACACAUUGCAGAAGCAUCUAGAAAUGAACCCACGCUUUGGAGGCCGCCAGUAUAGAAUUUUACCUCUGCAUUCGCAAAUUCCUCUGGAAGAGCAGCGUCGGGUGUUCGAUCCCGUGCCUCCUGGAGUAACCAAAGUCAUUUUAUCUACCAGCAUUGCGGAGACCAGCAUUACCAUCAAUGAUGUCGUCUAUGUUAUAGACUCCUGCAAACAAAAAGUGAAGCUGUUCACUGCCCAUAAUAACAUGACAAACUAUGCCACAGUCUGGGCAUCGAAAACUAAUUUGGAGCAGCGGAAAGGAAGAGCCGGACGUGUGCGUGCUGGGUUUUGUUUCCAUUUGUGCAGCAGAGCUCGCUUUGAAAGACUUCAGACUCAUAUGACACCUGAAAUGUUUCGAACGCCGCUCCAUGAAAUUGCUUUGAGCAUCAAAUUGCUGCGGCUGGGAGGAAUUGGUCAAUUUUUGGCCAAAGCAAUAGAACCGCCACCUUUGGAUGCAGUGAUUGAAGCAGAACGCACACUAAGAGAGCUCGAUGCCCUGGAUUCCAAUGAAGAGUUGACCCCUCUUGGAAGGAUACUGGCCAAGCUUCCCAUUGAACCUCGUCUGGGCAAGAUGAUGAUAAUGGGCUGUAUUUUUUAUGUGGGAGAUGCUGUUUGUACCAUCUCUGCGGCCACCUGUUUCCCUGAACCUUUCAUCAGCGAAGGCAAACGCCUAGGUUACAUCCACAGGAAUUUUGCUGGGAGCAGGUUUUCGGAUCACGUUGCUUUGCUCUCCGUCUUCCAAGCCUGGGAUGAUGCAAGAAUGGGUGGCGAAGAAGCGGAAAAAAGGUUUUGUGAACACAAAAGACUCAGCAUGGCUACUCUCAGAAUGACUUGGGAAGCAAAAGUCCAGCUGAAAGAUAUACUUAUGAAUUCUGGCUUCCCUGAAGAAUGUUUGAUGACUCAACCGUUUAACAACACCGGCCCAGAUAAUAAUCUGGAUGUCGUAAUCUCCCUGCUGGCUUUCGGGGUCUACCCCAAUGUCUGCUACCACAAGGAGAAGAGGAAAAUUCUUACCACGGAGGGGCACAACGCCCUCAUCCACAAGUCAUCUGUCAACUGCCCGUUCAGCAGCCAGGACAUCAAGUAUCCGUCGCCUUUUUUCGUUUUUGGGGAAAAGAUUCGAACACGAGCCAUCUCUGCCAAAGCAAUGACCUUGGUGAGCCCGCUGCAGCUGCUCCUCUUCGCCUCCAAGAAAGUCCUGUCGGAUGGGGAGCUCGUGCUGGUGGAUGACUGGAUCAAGCUGAAGAUGCCACACAACGCAGCUGCCUGCAUCACUGCCCUGCGUGCGGCCAUGGAGGCUCUCGUCGUGGAGGUGACCAAAGACCCCAAGAUCGUUCGGCAGCUGGACCCAGCAAAGGAGCGAAUGCUGGACAUGAUCCGUCAGCUCUCCAGGCCAUCGGCCGCCGGCGUCCGCCUGAUGGCUGCCAACGCCAGGUUCGGUGAUGGCCCUCGCCCCCCCAAAAUGCCUCGCUACGACAAUGGGGGCUGGGGGGGUUACCCGCGGGGCUCUGGCUACCGAGGCGGAGGCUAUGGCGGCUACGGCUGGCGCUCGGGAGGCAGAGGAUACCAAGGUAGCCCGGGGGGUGGCUAUUAUCGAGGAAGAGGCUACCGAGGAGCAGGCGGUGGCUACGGAGGAGGCUGGGGGGAUUUGGGCAGGGGGAGGUGGUAGUUACAGGUCAAGUUUCUCUCCCACCAUGCUGUUUCCAGCCUGUUUGCUGUUUCAGUUCCUUAGUACAGGUACGGCUCUGUAAUAUAUCGUGCCUGUAAAGAGUUUACUGCGAGGUGUAUGAUUUCCUUCGUAAUAAAGAGUUUGUUUUUAAA